GUUCAUUUAAUUUUUUUGACAAGAUCUUACUCUGUUAUUUCUUACUACUUUCGUCCAAACUCUGUUCCUCUUCAAUUUCAUUGGAAACAACCACCAUCCUUUAAAAAAGUUGCACUAAAAUAAAUUUAUUAAAGAAAAUUCCCCACUCUGCUUUUUACGAAUGUUUGUUUGUGGGAGAUAUAUAUUAAAUUAGUAAUACUUGAAGCAGAAGCAUCGUUUACAAAGGAGAAGGAAGGAGUGACAUAAAAUCAUUGAAAUCACCUUCGAGUUUACGUAUAACAUAUCAGUUUUCAAGUGUGUUUGAAGAGUGAGAAAGAAAGUAAAGUGGUUUGAUGAUGGGAAACCCUAACCCUAAGGUUGAAGAGGAAAAGAAGCUUGAAAAGGAGCUUUUAAUACCAAUCCUAAUGGGAGAGGAAGUGAUAAAACUAGCAGAGGAAGCAAAAUCAUCAAAAGUAGAGUGUCUUGAACUAGCGAAAAAGGUCAAAUCACUCUGCGACAGUCUCCGAGGUGUCGUUCGAGUACUCUCAGGGAACCACCAAUCGCUAAACGACAGACCAAUCCGUCGUAUGGUGAAAGAAGCAUCAAAGAAUCUCGAGAAGACGCUGGCACUCGUGCGAAAAUGCAAAAAGCAUGAAGGUAUGGGAGUACUCACACACGUGUUAACGAUAAGGAACACUAACGACUUUAGAAAAAUAUGGAACCUUCUAGAAUCAUCUAACGGCGAUAUAGUUUGGUUGCUUAGUAUCGUUGAAUCUAAAGGUACUAAUCUUUCGUUACCUCCUAUUGCAAGUAACGACCCAAUUUUAGCGUGGGUGUGGACUUACAUUUAUACCCUUCAGCUUGGUAGCCCUAACGACCGAGCCGAAGCCGCAACUGAAUUAGGUUCCCUUGCUAAAAUUAAUUACAGGAACAAGUUUAUUAUCAUGGAAGAAGGUGGUGUUUUGCCUCUUUUAAAGCUUCUUAAAGAUUCUGCUUUUCCUGAUUCUCAAUUUGCAGCUGCUAAUGCUCUUGUUGAUAUUGUUUCUGAUGAUCAACAACAAAGGGUUGUUCGAUUUCUUCUCGAUAAUCAAGUUGUUCCUGUUAUUGUUCAGGUUUUGUCAGAUGCUGCGUUUAGAGUGCGUGUUUCGGUUGCUAAUUUGGUGUCUGCUAUGGCUGAUCAAGAGAACGUUGCGCGUGAGGAGUUUAUACGAGCUAAUGUGAUUAAACCGGUUGUGUCGUUGUUGUCUAUGGAUAUUGUGUUUGAUGAAUCUGUUGCGGCUCGAAAUAGUAUUCAUUCGUUGGUUCUUAGUUUGUCUGAGGUUGAUUCUGAUUGUGGAAGUAGCAGAGGGAGUAGUAACAGCAACAAUAGAAGGGAUAGAGAAAGAGAGGGGGAGAGUUAUGAGUUGAGGAAUGAUGUUAAAGUUAGUUGUGCUAAGGCUAUUUGGAAACUCUCAAAAGGGUGUCUUUUGGCGUGUAGGAAGAUUACUGAGACUAAAGGUUUGCUUUGUUUGGCUAAGAUUAUUGAGUUUGAGAGUGGUGAAUUGAGGUUCAAUUGUCUCAUGGCUGUUAUGGAAAUCGCUACCAUGGCUGAGUCCAAUGUUAAUCUUCGAAGGGGUGCUUUGAAGCUGACUGCGCCUGCGGCAAAGGCAGUUUUGGAUCAGCUUUUGAGGGUGAUUCGUGAAGAGAGCGAUUUUGCAUUGCUGAUUCCGGCUAUUAAGUCAAUUGGUUCCUUAGCCAGAAACUUUCCUGGUAAGGUUCCUCAUGUUCUUGGUCCUUUAAUUUCACACCUUGGAAACAAGGAUUUACAUGUUGCAAGUGAAGUUGUUGUUGCAUUGGUAAAGUUUGUGUGUGUCGACAAUUACAACUGUGUCGACCAUUCUAAGAUUAUACUUGAGCUUAAUGGAAUUCCCAAGCUAAUGAAUCUUCUGCAGAUAAAUGGUCAUCAACAAGUGCAUGGCCUAAAAUUACUUUGUUAUCUUGCAUUAAAUGUUGGAAAUAGUAAGGUUCUUGAGCAAGAACGUGUCUUGAGUACUUUAGAGAAACUUGCUCGUCCUGUUCUAGCUCAAAAUCCUGAUUUGAAGGAACUUUUUGCAAAGGCUAUACACCAUCUCACACUUUUUCAGCCUGGAGUUCAAUUGCAGAGACAACCCUUGGGAUUGGAACUAUUAUAAUUGCCACUGAUUUAAUUAAACAAAAUAAUAGUCCUUGUAAGUGUUUCAAAUGGAAAAGGAAAGGUGUGCAUUGUAUUGUAAUUAUAAAAUAAUUUAAGAUUUGCUGUUUUUUUUUUAAUUUUUAUUUUACAUAGACUGUGAUAUUCUAUAGUCCAUCAAAACAAUGGUCCUUAUAAGUGUUUCAAAUUGAAAAGGAAGAGUGUAAUGUAACUAAAUUAAAUGAUUUAAAUAAUGGUGAUUGGUGAUUGUUAUUUUGAUAUA